UAACGCCGCUCUUCCGGCAACAAAGAGCCCUCGGAUAAAUACAGCCGCGACCGCUGCGAGGACACGGACACGGCUCGGAGCGACGGUCGUACAAAAUCCCACCCCCCCCUUCCUAGCCACGCAGCUGGGGACCCCCCUCCCCGGCACGCCCCUUCCAGGCUCCGUAGGGACCGGGAAAGCGCCUUGGUAGAGCUCCCCGCGCCGCGAUGCCUUUUCUAGGGCAGGACUGGAGGUCCCCGGGGCAGAACUGGGUGAAGACUGCGGAUGGCUGGACCAGGUUCCUGGAGGAGAGACACAGCGGCUAUGUCAGUGAUAUAAACAGUUACUGCAAAAAGGAGGAUUACAACAAGGAGAAUCUCUUCAACAGCAUGAACUAUGAUGUUGCUGCCAAGAAGAGAAAGAAGGACCUGCUGAAUAACAAGACAAAGAUCCAGUAUUUCCAUCAAGAAAAAUGGAUUUAUGUCCACAAGGGAAGCACAAAAGAACGUCAUGGCUACUGCACCUUGGGAGAAGCUUUUAACAGACUUGACUUCUCAAAUGCUAUCCUAGACUCCAGACGGUUCAACUAUGUUGUAAGGCUGUUGGAGCUGAUAGCAAAGUCUCAGCUAACAUCGCUGAGUGGAAUCGCCCAGAAAAACUUCAUGAACAUUUUGGAAAAAGUGGUGCAGAAAGUCCUUGAAGAUCAGCAGAACAUCAGGCUAAUAAGGGAAUUGCUGCAGACUCUCUACACGUCACUGUGCACCCUGGUGCAAAGGGUUGGCAAGUCUGUUCUGGUUGGAAACAUCAACAUGUGGGUACACAGAAUGGAGACUAUUCUUCACUGGCAACAGCAACUGAACAGCAUCCAAAUCACAAGACCUGCCUUUAAAGGAAUGACCUUUACAGACCUGCCGUUGUGUUUACAAUUAAACAUCAUGCAGCGGCUAACUGAUGGGAGAGACCUUGUCAGCCUUGGACAAGUGGCCCCUGAACUGCAAGUGCUCAGUGAGGACCGGCUGCUGUGGAAAAAGCUCUGCCAGUACCAUUUCACAGACCGACAGAUUCGUAAACGGAUAAUCUUAUCUGAGAAGGGGUUGCUGGAUUGGAAGAAGAUGUACUUUAAACUUAUAAGAUGUUACCCGAGGAAAGAGCAGUAUGGAGACACACUGCAGCUCUGCAGACAUUGCCACAUCCUCUCCUGGAAGGGUACUGAUCAUCCUUGCACAGCCAACAACCCAGAGAGCUGUUCCACUUCUCUUUCACCCCAGGACUUCAUCAACUUGUUCAGAUUCUGAACCCUGGUUCUUCACAGCAUAUCCUAUUCCUACAAGACACUUUAAAGCGCUCAGCUUGGACAUUGAACUUGUAAAUAGUGUAAAUGUUGAUGUUUGUUUGAAGCUCCUGAGUCAAGCAAACAAGAGGAUCUUAGAGACGAAAGGUGAAAUUGCUCGCUGACGUUCGAUGUUUAAGAAAUAUGGACUUCUAACAAGACUGACGUGUAUAAGCAAUGUUGUAAAAAGUCACCUUUUUAUUAUCCAAGUAUAAGAUACAGGGCAGAAAUUUCUUUCCGUUUAGAAGUUAAAACUUAAUUUGCCCCAUGGCCCUUUAAAAACUUCCUAUAUUUUUUUCAGUUUCUAAUAAAUGAAAAGAAAGCAGUUUGAGACUAGGACUGUUUAACUGCUCCUCCAUCUGGUUUUAUUUACAAUAGAUAUUUAUAAAUAUGACAUUUUAAAAAUAUUUAUGGGGAAAAAUUCCCUGCAACGAGUUUUAAUAAUACUUAUAUGUAAAAAAAAUUGGAUGCAUUCAGAAAUAUGCAUAACAUCUAGGAUUUGAUCCUAGUUAAAAAUGAAAAUAACACACCAUGCCAUUUUCUACCUCAAAUAAAUAGAGUACCUUUGAAACAACAAUCCAUUAUGCAAUGUGAACUAUUAUACUUUGUACAAUGAUUUAAAGGGAAAUGAUGUUUAUGACCGUAAGCAAACUUCUUCUUAUGUUAGUGCUUACGUUUUUAAUUCGUUUUCUUGCUGUACUCAGUGCUUGAAUGCCCAGAUGAUGAGCGCCUUAGAAAUGCCUAAGAUUUUACUCCAUCUUCCUUUUAAUUUUGUUGUCUUUAUAAAAGAUUAAGCAAAAAAACAAACCAAGGGUGAGGAUUUGUAUUUAAGGAGGGUGCAUGAUGGUUGAAUAAGGGGCCUGAUCUACUCUGGAUUUACACCUGUCUGAGAUCAGCAUCUGGUUCACUGGGUCUGACUCCCCCAACCCUGUGUAACUCCACUGAAAUAAAGUCAAAACUGAUGUAACUAAGAGAUGACUCAGCCCCAUAGGGCCAGUGGAGCUGUGCGAGUUUACAUUCACUGAGGAUCUGGCUCAUAGCAUGUAAGAUAAAUACCAUUUGUUUAUAACUGCUGUUAGAAACAGGAAGAGCAGCGAGGAAAGCCAGCCAUAGAGUCCUAGUGUAAUACGGGUACAGUCAGUCCUUAGGGUAAAUAGGAUUUCUAAUCACCUGACAUCCCAUAUCAUUUCUAUGGAUCAUAGAAAUGGAAAAUAAUUUACCUAAUCCAUCUCCCUGCCAGUGCCAGAUUAACAGAGAUACAGUGAGAAUUAGUGUUUACAAAUCUUGAUCCCACUGAAAUUAAUGGCCAAACUUCUAAUCUCCUUUAUUACGUAUAACUCAUGAAUUUGACAAACUUGAUCUGGCAGAUUCCAGUCCAUGUAUAAAAGUUUGGAAAGGCUACAUAGGAAAAAUCCUUGCAGUUGUCCUAUAGCAGCGUUCAUGUACAGCACUUUUCCAACACUGUACGCAGAGCACGUAAGCAAGGUGCCUAAGAAAGACAAACAUUUAUAGGUUGUAUGGUAUGGACAAAAGAGUUGUGAGGAAGAGGAAUACUCAGGAUAAAUCAGGAAGAACUACUUGAGUUUAAUUAUUUAAUAGUCUGUUCCUUUUUUUUACAGGUUUUAUAAUUGAUCUCUAACACUUUUCUGCAGCUGUUUAUAUAUAUUUUUGCAAUAGUAUUUGCAUUUUUACAAACUAAAUCACUUUGCAUGCUCUUUGAGUAGUUGUGGGGGGAAAAAUGUGUUUAGAUUGAAUGGUGGGGAUGGAGACUGCAGCCCUGGUGAGGGGAUAUCCAGGAGAAUGCUUUAGCAGUAACUGCCAUUUGUUGCAUUCCAAGGGAGAAGGUUUGGUUCUUCCAGAAAUCUCCUUCAGAGACAGGGCAAGAGACACUCCCAUCAGAAAUCAUUUUGCAUUAUGCAGAGAAGGGAAUAAAAUAGUUUGAAGGCGGAGACCUUGCCCUCCUCCAUCUGCUCUCAACUCAAAGAUGGGUCAAAAGAGUAAAUUUGAACUCAGGGGGGAGAGGGUGUAUGUUCAUGUGAGUGGAAAGUGAUUCAGAGGUAGUUAACCUGGAGAAAUGAAACUCUCGUUGUGGGAGUUAGUGUAAUUAAGUAAGAGAGACCAGCUUCUAUUCUCAUUCACACCCAUGCAACCCUUGUUGAUGUCAGUGAGGUGUUGUGGGUAUAAAUGAGACUGGAAUUUGACUUGAUGAAAGAGGAGUGUUAAGGGAAGUGACUGAAGUAGCGAUGUUGUGUGUGAAGAUCCAUGUUAAUCCUUUCUCUAGCAGUUCAAAAUACCCUUAUAACCUUUGUGCCCUCUGCUUGGAGGUCUGAUUUUUUUUCCCCCUUCCUCAUCUGUCUGCCCCAUCUACUCCCAGUGAACCAACCUAAAUAGAAGUUGUGAUUUGCAAUGUCAAAUUUGACAUACCAGCAAUUGGUGUUUCAACCUGUAAAAUACUUAUUUUAGGUUGUAUUUAUUGGAGUAAGUUCCUCCUCGGUGAAACUGACAUCAAGUGAAUUUAACUCCAGGAUCGAUUCUGGAGUUAAAUUCCAUAUAUAAUAGUCUGAGCACAGGGUUCUGAGUCAGGAACUUACGAACUCUAGUCCUGGCUCUGCAAAUAUUUCCUUCUGUGGUUUUGGGCAAAACACUCUCUGCCUCCAAUUCCAGUUUGGAAAAUGGGGACAAUAACUACUUAUUGCAGUGCCCCACUGUAAGGAUCAAUUAGCUAAUGUUUGGUAAAGCAGUUGAAGUUUAAAGUGCAGGUUCUGAUUUGAAAGCACUACGUGGGCCUUAAGUGAAACAUUUAUCUACACGUUGACAUUUUCAGAUUGUGUUGUUUCGAGAAAAACUGUUCUUACGUGGUUACUUGAGGAAGAGACCUACAGCGUGAAACCAAACGUAAUGCAUGCUAUUAAGGAGUAUAACUUAUUAAAUGAGUCUGCUAAAGAAAGAAAUAGAACUUGCCUCAUAUUGUUAUUUUAUUGCUGCAGUUGUUACUGAGAUCUAUCUCCUCAUGAGUCUUUCCUAUUCCCAAAAUGGUUUAUUACUGUCAAAUAUUGUAGUGAGUCAGAUAAUUCCUUUUUAACAACCACUGUUUGUGCCCAGAUACCUUAGCCUGACCAUUUACAAAGGCAUCGGUUUUAUUUAAGUAGAUUAUUUGCAUCUGCAUGACGUAGGCUGACAGGAGAAUGAAAACUGAGCGAUAACAGUGGGUUUGAGGCAGGAAGGUGCAAGGCUACUUUGGCAUAAAAGAGACCUCCUUAUUUUCAGGGUAAGUUAUUGUAAGUUGAAAACAGGCUUUCUGUGUUUGAACAUGACAUCGGUGAUGAUGAUCUUUCCAAACAGCCUUUCAUCUGGGUUGCCAUUAGGAUUUCAUUAGUUUCAAUACUAUGAAACAAGGUCUUUAUUCUGCCUUUAUCACCAUAAAUACAGAGUGAUUCCAUUGAAACCAAUGGAGUUGGUCCGCAUUUACUGGUGCAACAGAGCUGAAUAUGGCUCAAUACAGAUAUUUUAAAACCACUCCAUACAGUGGAGGGGGCAUGGGAAGGAAGAGAGGAGAAUUUUGCAUUUCAGUUUACCGGGGGAGGUGAGUAUUUGAGUUUUAUUUGAAUUUGACAGUCACUUCAAGAUGCUGAAUUUCAGCUGUACAUAAGCUGAGCAGUUUAUACUAGUGAUGGUUUGGUAUUUUAAUGUUUGAUUAUGAAAUGUGUGCACCUCAUCUUGUAUUUUUUUUUUAAUUGUAUUACUUCUGUUUUGUAAAAUCAUUAGGAAACCUUGUACUGCUCUACAGACAUGCUUCAUAUGUAAACGUUUAAUUGCACCAUACCACAUUCUGUAAAUGGGAAGAUUGCUAUACCCCUGUUUUGAACUCCUGUAGUGACUAAUGUUUGUGUUCCCAUUUCUGUUUGGCUGCACAACCAACUCCUAGAACAUAGACAUGUAGUAAACUACCUUUUUCUGCCCAGGCAAUUCUUUGGCCCAUAGUAGCUACAACUGAAAUAGACCAGGAACAUUUCAAAUACUGCAGAGUACCUAAUAAAUCUUGGAUGAUGUCUCAUGCUUAAACCUUCUGUUCGCUACAAUAAACCAUCAUGUACUUUUGGGGGGCUCUUAGUAACCUGUUGCACAGCUUCUUCUCACAGAUCAGCACCUUGCCAAAAAAUAGCUUUAAAUUAAAACACUAGUCUUGCUUGCUGGCUUGUUUUCAAAAACACACCCUCUCUGUGGAUAUGAUGGGUAAUCAGUUUAAAAGUUUUCCUAUAGCGUUUGGAGUUCUGCUUGUCGUCUAGGCACAGUAAUGUGUACAGACAAGCUAGCUUUUUAUAAAAGCUUUCCUUCUACAUGUAAUGGCUCUUGUCAAGGUCCCUUCUUCUGAGCUGACUAGCCCUCUGCUGCCUCUGAGGUUGAGAAGUUCCUAAGUGGAACCUAGUCUGCAAUGUACUCAGCACCUCUUUAGUUCUCCCUACUCCCAUUGACUUCAUUGGUAGUGGAAGAUGCUCUGGAUCCUUCAGCUCUCUGCAGGGUCUGGCCCCAAAGACAGUAAAUCUUUCCUCUUCUUGACAGUCUCCAAUAUAUUAAUAGCGUGAACACCUAAGUAACACCCCUGUUCUGGCACUCGAUAGAGCACACACAGCCCUUUCACCCCGCUGCUGUAACUGAGGGUAGUCUGGCCCUUUUUGGCUAUCACUUGCUGCAUAUAGUGCCAACAGGGCAGCUCCAUAGUUAACAUUUUAAUUAGAAAUUGCAAAUGUACUAAUGUUUUAGGGGCUAAUCUGCAGUAAUAAUGAAUACCUGCUUAUAUGUGAAAAGGAAACUUGUUUUUCCUUUUUAAAUAAAGCUGUAACUAGAUAAGGUAUGAAGUGAAAAGCAUACCUUGUGUAUUAACACUCCUAUUUAAUAUUAUUGUGUGAUUAAAAUCCUUCCGUAUAAAUUAUUUGCACACACUUUUUUUUCUUUGCAUGUUCAACUCUGAUUUUUACAGUGGUUUGGUACUAACAGUGAUGUAUUUUUCUAAAAUGUCUUUGACACUGAAUUGCAAUAAAUGUUCAAACAAUGUGAACCUUG